AUGGUGUCAGCAAAUAUGGAUUUGCCCAAAACUGGGCGCACUCAAUAUCUGGUUAAAAGGACGGUUUAUUCUGAGCCGUCCUUUCAGAAUGACAAUGAGAAGAAAGAGAAAAUACGGAAAACUUAUCGGCAACGGAUGGCAAACAGCUGCAGCUGUUCAGCUAGAAGAGUCCUCUUGAUUAUCAAAUCAAUUUUUCCUAUAUUGGACUGGCUGCCCAAGUACAGGUGGAAGGAGUGGAUUGUAAGUGACAUCAUCUCUGGAGUGAGUACCGGACUGGUGUCAACGCUGCAGGGGCUGUCGUUUGCUCUGCUGGCUGAGGUCCCUGUUGGGUACGGCCUGUACUCCGCUUUUUUCCCUGUACUGAUAUACGUCUUUCUGGGGACAUCCAAACAUCUUUCCAUAGGGCCUUUUCCUGUGGUCAGUUUGAUGGUCGGUGCGGUAGUUCUACAACUGGCCCCAGAUGAAAACUUUAUGUUACCUGGCAACAAUACAGGGCUGAAUAUCACAAUAAACGAGACUGAAAGAGAUUCACAAAGAGUCUUAGUUUCGGGAACACUCUGUUUCCUGAUCGGUAUUAUACAGCUGGCGUUCGGAGUGUUGCAGAUUGGUUUCAUUGUACGAUAUCUUGGAGAACCAUUGGUCGGUGGAUUCACAACAGCCGCAGCAUUCCAGGUUUUAGUAUCACAAAUUAAACAAGUGCUCAACGUUCCAACUAAAAACUACAAUGGAGUGCUAUCAAUAAUAUACACAAUUAUAGACAUCUUUGCCAACAUUAAAAAGACCAACAUCGCUGAUCUCAUUGCGGGACUUCUGGCCUUCAUAGUGUGUGUGAUAGUGAAGGAAUUUAACGAAAAAUUCAAGCACCGGCUCCGCGUGCCUAUCCCAAUAGAAAUUAUUGUGACGGUGGUGGCUACAGGAGUGUCCUACGGAGCCAAAUUAGACAAAAAGUAUGGAGCUGGGAUUGUGAAGACUAUCCCCAGUGGGUUCGUGCAACCCAUUGCUCCAGAUGUCUCAAUGUUUUCCCAAAUGAUUGGGUCUGCGUUUUCCAUUGGGAUUGUAGCGUACGCUGUGGCUGUGUCUGUGGCAAAGGUCUACGGCACCAAACAUAACUACCCAGUGGAUGGAAAUCAGGAAUUUAUUGCAUAUGGGGCCAGUAAUCUAUUUGGUGGCAUCUUCUCCUGCUUCUGUGGUAGCACUGCACUGUCACGGACAGCAAUCCAGGAGGGCACUGGCGGGAAAACCCAGUUUGCCAGCUUGUUUUCCACUUUGGUGGUGCUGAUUGCAAUAUUGGUACUCGGGAGGCUCCUGGAACCGCUGCAGAAGUCGGUUUUGGCAGCCAUCUGUAUAGCCAAUCUGAAAGGAAUGUUCUGGCAGGUUCGUGAUGUACCAAAGCUGUGGAGACAGAACAAGUGGGACUCUGUUAUUUGGGUAGUCACAUGCGUCGCAGCAAUUGUACUUGGCUUGGAUUUAGGGUUACUGGUUGGUUUGGUGUUUGGCUUACUGACUGUCAUCUUGCAAGUCCAGUUCCCAUCUUGUAGUUCUCUAGGGAAUGUCCCCAACUCAGAUCUCUACAAGGAUGUGAAAAUCUACAAUAACCUUAUUGAACCAGAAGGAGUUAAAAUAGUUCGGUUUUCCAGCGGCAUUUUCUAUGGCAACAUCGAAGGUUUGAGAAGUGGCAUUAGAAGAAUAGUCGGCUUUGAUUCCGGCAGAGUUUUUGCAAAGAGAACCAAGGCUUUGAUGAAGAUCAAUAAACUUAUUAAGAAAGGGCAGCUGAGAACUACAAAGAACGGCGUCAUCAGCACAAUAGGCAUUGAUAACAUGGGGUAUGAACCAGAAGAUGACCCAGAAGAUCCGGAAGGAUUUGAGAACUUAGGAAUUACAACAAGACAAGUUGAGAUCCAAGUAGACUGGAAUUCGGAGCUGCCCGUCAAAGUGAACGUUCCUAAAGUCUCCAUUCACAGUAUUAUUUUCGACUUUAGUCAGAUAACAUUCCUUGACGUGGUGGCCGUUAAAGUCUUGAAGCUGAUAUUUAAAGAAUUCAAGAGGAUCGAUGUAGAUGCUUACAUUGCAGCCUGUGAUGAUAACAUUUUUAAGAAAUUGGAGGUCUGCUAUUUCUUUGACGAAACCAUCACGUCUGACGUCUUCUUUCUCUCGGUGCAUGAUGCGGUUCUGCAUAUAGAACAUGAACGGAAAGUCAAACAUGCGCACGAUCCCAUACUGGAAAAGAUUUCAUUAAUGAAAGAAUCUAUAAACCCCUAUGACUUUACGGAUCCAGCAUAUCAGCAGCUCCAGGAACCAGAUGAGGCAAUGAGAGCAUUGGCAUUCUGAAGAAAGCAAAGGAUUCGUGGUUGAUGAUUAGAAUUCGCAUUUAUCGGGAAUAUGCAUCUAUUACUAUUCUCCCCUUCACCUUGUCAUUAAAAAUUAGACCUAUCUGAUAAAUGAAACUGAUUUAAAAUUUUAUUUUUGCCCUACAUCCCUUAUUUGCCUUAUUUGCACU